AUGUACAGAGAGCGAGGGAUUGGUAUGUCCAAGACCGAGGUCGAUCAUCGAAAGCAGCGGAUUAGCGAUGUCCUCGAUAAGCAUCUCGACCGAUCCUCUCCGUCCAGUUCCAGACCCACCAACGGCAAGGAUCUGUUUCUUUUCAUGAACAAGCAGCAACCACCUGAUCACAACAACAACAAUAUUGACCAUCUCCUCUCUAAGGACAACAACGUCUCCGUUGUGGAAUCUGACACGGACAGUGAAGAGUCUGAUGUUAGUGGUUCUGAUGGAGAUGAGACGUCGUGGAUUUCAUGGUUUUGCAAUCUAAGAGGAAAUGAGUUCUUUUGUGAAGUUGAUGAUGAUUACAUACAAGAUGACUUUAACAUGUGUGGGUUAAGCAGUCAAGUUCCUUAUUACGAUUAUGCGCUUGAUUUGAUUUUGGAUGUGGAAUCCUCGCAUGGUGAUAUGUUCACAGAAGAACAAAAUGAACUGGUUGAAUCAGCAGCAGAGAUGCUUUAUGGACUGAUUCAUGCUCGAUACAUAUUGACCAGCAAAGGGAUGGCGGCUAUGCUGGACAAGUACAAGAACUAUGACUUUGGGAGAUGCCCAAGAGUUUACUGCUGUGGACAACCUUGCCUUCCGGUUGGUCAAUCAGACAUUCCUCGGUCAAGCACUGUUAAAAUAUGCUGCCCCAGAUGUGACGAUAUAUACUACCCACGUUCCAAGUAUCAAGGCAGUAUCCUUUAUUGCAUCCAAUUUUCUUUUACUGCAUAUGACCUAUUACCUUUACUCUGUUUAGACAUUGAUGGAGCAUAUUUUGGAACGACAUUUCCUCACCUGUUUCUAAUGACUUACGGGCAUCUGAAGCCGCAAAAGGUAGUGCAGAGCUAUGUUCCUAGAGUAUUUGGGUUCAAGCUACACAAACCAUAA